UAUCCAAAAGGACUACCAACAAAAUAUUUCAAGAUUGCUCUUGAAUGUGGGCAGAAUGGGCCCUGAAGAAAGAAGAAGAGAAAUGCACUCUGAAGCCAUUAACGAUAAUGUCUUGUCAUUAAUGGUGAGAUUAGGAGAACUAGGAUGUUACAGUGUUGCCCCCUUCACUACAGAAGAGGUAAGAUACAAUAUUAACGUAAAGAAUAAUGUCAUGAAAGGCUGUUCUUGUGCUGAUUUUCAAUGGAACCAAACAUCUUGCAAGCAUAUAUAUCUCUUGAAACGCAUCGAGCCUACCAUUAGUAUCUACCCAAGGCAUGUAAAAUCGUCAGGAAUGCAUUCGAUAGUAACACUCGGAUUAUACUUGCAACUAUUCUUGUUAGUAGUUCCCUCUCAUGUACCUCAAAUGGUUCAAAUUGCUGCUGAAUAACCUAUAGAAGCUAUUUCUUUGACUGCUUCUGGUUUAAG